GAGCACCAAUAUUUUUUACCAAAGCAGAUGAAUUCUGCUUUUGCCAGCUAUGUUUUUGCGCGGUCGUUCCGACGUCAAUAGGAUGCAGCUUCUGUUGUAUGGAUGAGAAGUGUGGUGUUGAGACCUGUCAUCAGCGUGUCAUCCUGAUAUUCGGGAUGCCAGUCCUGGAAGACACAUUUUACUACUCGAACAUUAGAUCAGGUUUACAUGAGACUGAAAAUGAAAGGGAAAUACUGGUAAAAGAACAAAGGUACUGCCGGGCUCGGGCUCGCAAGCUUUCCCUGGAAACAAAUCGCAGACGAAAGGCUCUUGAGGAGAGAAGGAAACAGUGGGAUGUUCAGGAGAAGAGACUGAGGGAGAAUGUUCUUCAGCAGCGCCAUCAGAAGGUCCAGGAUGCCACAGAAAACUUCCAAAGAGCUCAUCUCUCUCCAUCCCAAAGGAAAAGACCAGCAGCCCUUAAGAGAAGAACACCCAACCUUGAUGAAGCGCUACAUCAUAUUCAAGGCAGUCCACUCUUAUUUACUCAUCAAUCUCAAUUUUUGCCCAGUGCCUCCACUACUAGCAGGAGCUGCACUUCCUCCCCAAAGCCUUCAGGGGGCGCCCGUCACCUGCGUGCCUUAUCUGCAGCUGAGGCCUACACCAAACUCCUGCAGGACAGCAGCCUGACUCACUUCAGGAACAACCAGCUGUUCUUCCUCAAUCAGCAGCAGGAGACACACACUGUUCCCACAGUAAAAGAGCAGGCUGAUCCUCAGGAGUAUCUUGAUACCCCACAUAGUGAGACAGAGAGUCUGUCUAGUCUGGACAGCUUAGAGAAUGGAGAACCUCAGAAGAGCCUUGACACUGCACCAGUUUGUUGCUCCCAGCAGAGCAUCACCUGUGCCCAGUCUUUCUACCUCCCUGUGGAUCCUUACAAGCUCCAAGCCCCCAAAAGUCCUCAAUCACCGUUGAGACAGUCCAACAACCCAUGUUCACCAUCUCACCCCUCCUCUUCUAUAGCCAAGAGUUUCCUGGAGGAGAUCUUAAACCAGGGAAGCAAACUCAAUCCCAGCUCACUCUCACCAAAGGAUCAUGAGUCAGCAGAGGAAAUCAGGAGUCUCCGGAAUCACACGCAAGAAAGAUUUGAUCAUUACAAGGACCAAUCGCAGAACUUCAACGCCCAGUCUACUCUUGGUUGCCAAGAAGAGUUGUUGCAGCAGAACUUAGCACAUGUGAUAACUCAUGAUAAUGACAGAAACCCUCAAGGGAACAUUUUGAAAGACAAAGUAUCUGUGGUUGCCCACUGCAGAACGCAAGCCGUGCCAGAAAACACACCUCUGCAAUUCUCAAGUCUGACUAAAGACUUCAAGUCAGAAUCCAAACAGCAGACAAGAACCCCGGAGGAGAAAUAUGAUAAACAUUUAUCAGAAACACAGACGGCUCUUCCAGACAGCAGAUACAAACACAGCAACAGUUCGUUCAAAGCCUUUUCAAGCUCAGCUGGCCAUCUUUGCAUAAAUUACCGGACUGACCCGAGUUCCCUGAACAUGCAACCAAUAGAAGCACUGAGUUCCUCACAGUCGCAUAAACACAAUCCAGAUGUAGAUGAUGCCACAGCGCUCAAGAGAGAAUCCAAACCGCUGAGCAUGGAGGAGAGUAUACGCAUACAUCCAUCAGAUCCUAAAAAUGAAACGGAUGUCACCAAAUUGGCUAAGGCUAAUAUGUUGAAAAGCACAGAGGAACCAAACAGAACAUCUGCAAAUCCCGUGACCCACUCUGCCCUUAACAACAAUGUCAGAUUCCUGAAAGGGAUUCUUAAAAACCAUUUAAAAUCCAAAUCGGGAAAUGUCAAAUUCACUUACACCCCUGGCCAUGUGCUUUUCACCAAAGAAGUGGCCAUAUUAAUCCGGGACAGCGUGGAGCUGGCCAGGACAAAACUCAAUGAGCCAGAGCAGAAUAGGACCAUUAAGAAGAAACUGCGUUGGCUUGAUGAGGUGGAUGGAGUUGAAGGGGUGGACCGAGUGUUUCGAGCCAACCUGCCCCAACAAACCCAGAAACAGCUCUCUGCAGAUCACUCGGACCAUGAGAAUUUACUCACAGGGGUAUCAAAAAACAUUUCCAAUAAGACCUCUGCUGUCCCCACUGGGCCCCAAUCCACUAGACAGGCCUGGACAGAGGUAGGGCCCCAAGAAAUCCGUACACAGGAGCGUAUCAGAGAGCCCACCUCUCAAAGACGAGCCUUUUGCAUUGGGGGCUCACGGAUUCCCCGGAGAGCAGGCUCAGCCAGAGUUGGCUCGUGUCCCGUUACCUCCCGGGCCAGGAAGGGCACUAUCAUCAGACCGCAAUCUGCCAGGGAAGCGCAACAUGUGGCCAAGACCCAGGGGAAGAUUUUGGUGCCUCGGCCCCCUCCGAAACCUGAAGUUGUGGAGUGUGGCCUGGCUGAGUGUCCCGUGUACAUCUCCAAGGCAUCCUGCUGUGAUGAAGGUGUGGGUCUGCAGGAUCUGGCCUUGUGCAAAGACACUCCAGAUAGCCAGACAAUAGUUCAUCGGCCUACCCUCAGAACAGAUCCAGCUCUACCUUACUGUACCUACACCCACGAGACAAGCAUCUGUUCCCUCUCCCCUCCAGACAAUCCCAGGCGCAGGUGUGGAGAAAACGGGAUCUGUUUGGACCGGACUCCAACAGAUGAGGAGAUCUCAAUGCUGUGGCAUGGAGUCCGGAGUGCUCUCGCCAGCAAAGACGGUGACCCUCAAAGUUUUCUUGCUCACAAUGGCCCGUUGUCUUCUUUGCCUCAAGUCAGUGCCAGCCUGUCCCAUGUUACCAUCAAUGGUGAUAGUCUGAUCGGUGGUGUCAAAGGAGCCUCAAGAAUGGGUGGCUUUUUCUUGUCUUCCGGUAAAGAGGCUAUAGUGAAAAGUCCAGUAAGGAGACAGGCUAUGGAGAGUAGCGUGGUGAAGAACAACAGAAGUCAAACUGCAGGAACCACACAGAGAAAGCCCAGCUUUCCUCAUCAGGUCACGGUGCCAAAAACUCAACACCCAAAUAAAACAGGUCAUACAGCAGACAGUGAAGGCCCAGAGGUGUCAGACGGUGCUCAUGAAGUUGUGGACUGUGCGCAGACCCAUAAGUCCUGCAACGGUCCAGUUGGUCCCCAGAGCCAGAGAAUGCAGUCCCUCAGCAUCAGCGCUCUGUCACUAGAGGAGCAGAGGAUCCUGCAGUCACUCGAGAGACUUAAUCAACGGCUGCAAUAUGUGCAGGAUACAGCUGGUGGCGGCCCAGCAGUGAGGGGCAUCUUUGCUGUGGGUCCUGCACUUAACCAGACGGGUGAGACUGUGGGUGUCACCAUGCGUAGGCGAGGAGCCUCUGCUGACAAUCGCACCCGAACGCAACAGCGUUACUGACUACACCUCCCAUGAUCCACCCCUCCCUUAACCAAC